UUCCGCUUUAAUUUGGUGACUUGGCGAUCGAUCGAGCGAGCGCGCCGCCGGUUCGCCGCCACGUCGCCGCGGAACUAGAAACGCCGGCGCCGGGAGGGAAUCCGGUAAAGCCGUAAAUUAAAGCUUCAUGGCUGGGCGAUCGAGCUGCAACGACACCUGCAGGCUAGCUAGCUAACAACCAGCUGAGAGGUUAAUUAAUUAUGAUUUGUAUGAGAGAUCGAUCGAGAAGAGGAGUAGCGAGGGAGAGGAUGGCGGCGGUGAGCGUGGGCGGCGGCGGGAGGAACAUCGGGGUGGCGAUGGACUUCUCGGCGUGCAGCAAGGCGGCGCUGCGGUGGGCGGCGGCGAGCCUGGCACGCCCCGGCGACCGGCUGGUGCUUGUCCACGUCAAGCCCUCGUUCCAGUACGAGCAGGGCGUCGCCCACCUCUGGGAGCAGCAAGGCUCACCGAUGAUCCCGCUGGUGGAGCUGGCCGACCCGCGGGUGAGCAGGAUCUACGGCGUCGCGCCGGACGCGGAGACGAUCGGAAUCCUCACCAGCGCCGCCAACCAGAAAGGGGUGGAGGUGGUGGCGAAGGUGUACUGGGGCGAGCCGGCGAAGAAGCUGACGGAGGCGGCGCAGGGGAUUCCCCUGCACUGGCUCGUCGUCGGGAACAGAGGCCUCGGCGCCGUCAAGAGGGUUCUGAUGGGGAGCGUGAGCACGUACGUCGCCAACCACGCCACCUGCCCCGUCACCGUCGUCAGGGAGAACCUGCCGCCUCCGCCGCCGCCGCCGCAGCCACCGCAGCCCGUCGCAACGGCGGCGAGCUACUACUGAUGGCUGAUCAGCUGCGAUUUCCCCACGUAUGUCUCGGUCAGCUGUAAAGUCGGUUGCUGUGUGACUGGGAGUCUGGGACUGUCUCUGCUUGACUGCUUGUGCAUAGUAAAAAAAAAAAAAAAGGGAUUCCUAAAACUGUACUUUUGUAAUAAUUUUGUAAAGCAAAAUUAAUGUUGUACCAUCUUCGUCCCAAAUUAUAAGAAUAUAUAUGUUACAAAUAUUGUAACACUAGACCAUUCUGAUUUUAA